AAAACUCAAGGUCUUAGCAGCAGGUUUCAGUUGAAAAAAAUUUGAAAUAUUUGCAUUUUGCUUGCAAAAUAGAAAAUCAUGGCAGUUUUUCAAUAUAAUCCUAAUAUUGAUUUCAAUACUGUCAAGAUCAGUAAAUCUGAUAUUGAGAACUUGCUUCCCCAUUGGAACACCAAAAUAAAUGAGGUGUAUCAAUACAAAACAAAGGAUUGCUUUGAAAUGAAUAUUAAUGUGGCUGCUAAGACUGAAACUGAAGUGGAGCAAUGGUUAGAUGAAUAUCAAGAGAAAUCAAAAUGUUCCUAUUCAAUUCGUUCCAAGGAUGGGUGUUCUGGAACCAAAGUGAAUUUGAAACUGAGAAUGAAGUGUCAGCAUAAUACAGGAAAUAAAAAUGUUUAUGAUCCAACAGUUAGGAAGAGAACAAGGAAUAGGACAAGGAAUAGUAAUUGCCCUUCAAUUAUAACUAUAACUUUAAGAAAUGUACCUAAAAGGUACAGAGGAAAGGACAAGACCAAGGCACCAGAUCCUGAUAGGCCUUGUGAAAUUAAAAUAAUUCCUUAUCACAACCAUUCAACUUCUAGUGCUGAUAUCUUACGCUUUAGGCAAGUGAGCAAAGAGACAAAAGAAAAAUUGGUAAAUCUGUUUGAAUCUGGAUAUUCACCUUUCAAUGCACUUGAAUCUAUCAAAAUGGAUAUUCAAUUGAAAUAUGAUAAUUAUCAUGAAAUACUUGCUGACAGAAGCUUAUGCCCUGAUUAUAUGUACUGCUAUCAUUUGUAUAUUAAAAUAUUUAAAGAAAAAUAUAGGCCCUUGGGAGCAUCCCAGGAAUUUUUGAACCAAAAAAUAGAGGAAUUCAAUCAAGACAACAACAUGAAAAGUGCAGGGAUCAAAUUUGUGGAUAAUGACUAUGUAAUAUGUUUGUGUCCACCAUUUAUGCAAAGGAUUCAUGAAACUGUUGAAGAAUCAUCAGAUAUGGUAUUUAUGGAUUCAGUAGGAACAGCAGAUAAUGAUGGCAGUAGAAUAUUUGUACUAUUAACUAACAGUGAGUGUGGAGGCUUGCCUUUGGCUGUUUUCAUGACCACAUCAGAGUGUUGCCAUUUAAUUUCUAUUGGGUUUCAACUGUUGAAAGAAAUAAUGGGCAAUAGAGUGUUUCAUGGUACUAUAGAUGGGCCUAAUAUUUUCAUGACUGAAGAUUCAGCUGCAGAACAAGCUGCAAUUCAGUCUGAAUGGCCAAAAAGCACACAUUUGUUGAGUAUAUUUCAUGUUUUAAAAUCAAUAUGGAAGUGGCUGAUUGAGACAAAAAAUGGAAUAAAACAAGACCACCAGCAUAUUUUCUAUGAAGAAUUUAGAAGCAUAAUAUAUGCUAAAAAUGAAGAAGAAUGCACAGCAGCUUUUCAGAGUGCUCUCACUAGUUCCAAGAAUUAUCCUGAAUACCAAUCAUACCUACAAAUGUACUGGGCUCAAAGGAACAUUUGGGCCUUGUGUUACAGAAAUGACACAAGACAAGGCCAAAAUACAAAUAAUAUUUCUGAAGCUGCUAUGCGCUUACUGAAAGAAAAAUUGUUUGAUAAGAUAAAAGCUUUCAAUUUCAUUCAAGUGGUUGAUUUUAUGAUGACUAGAUUUGUUUGCUAUCAUGAAAAGAUACUUCUUGAUGCUGCACACAAUCAAAUACCAGGAAAUGUACUCAACAGCUUGAUAAGCCAGCCUCCAUCAUCAGAUGUAAUUGCAAGUAUGCAGCAUUUAGGUGAUAAUAUUCAUCUGGUUCCUACUGAUAAAGACCCAGAUUUGUUUUAUAUUGUCAACUCUGAAGUUUUGAUUUGCACAUGCACCCAUGGAAGAAGAAGUCAAAUGCCAGGUCAUAUGUGUAAACAUAUAGAUUGGAUCUGUUGUUUUGUAAAAUCAGAUAAAUUCAUCAAACCCAUUGAUAAUGAGAGAUCAAGGAGACAGUAUCUGUUUAUUGCCACUGGCGAUCAGCCCUCUUUGAACUGGCCAGAACUUCUACUAUGUGGUAAAAUUGAAAAUAUUGAAACAAUUGAUGAAUCAUCCAUGGAUGAAUUAGAGGAAGCAAAUCAGGAGCAGUUUAUUUUGAGAGGCCAUGAGACUUUGAAUGGAAUGAAUGAAAUAUUUUCUCAGUAUUUACAACAGUCUCCAAUGGAAGCUUCCCAGGCAUUAGAUGUGUUUUAUGACCAUUUGAAAAAUAUUAAAACCGUUUCUGGGUUUGCCACAGCAUGUCACAACUUUUCUUCUGGAACAAUACAAAGGAAUAAUUCCAGAGAAUGUAGACAAGAUCAAAACACAGCAAUUGGCAGAAGACUGUCUUAUUAUGGAAAAGAAUCUGGAAAUGUGAUAUUGUUGAUAGAAAAUAAUGAUAGAAAACUUGAAUUCCCCCAAAAAAAAUGUAAAUAAAAUGUUGAGAAUACCU